CAGAAACCAUAUCAAUAUUAACAACAUUACUUGUAGUUCCUUCAAAUAGUAAUGUAAUCAUCUAUACAGAUAGCAAAACAUCCAUGAAAGUUAAAGCACACUCAAACAAUAUUUUUAAUAAUGCAGCUGACUUAUCUGCUAAACAAGGGCUUUUAAGCCAAACAAUAAAAUUUGACUUCACUAAAACAAAGACACUUAAAGCUACCUUAUAUUUUAAUGAUAUUUUAAUUGAACAACCAAUACGUUCCUUCAUCAAAUCAAUUAACCAAGCUGAAGCUUUUAAUAGGUGGUUGCUAUUACACAGGCUCGCAAAAUAUGCAAAGUUAAUAAAGGACAUUGAUUGGGACAGAACAUGGAAAAACAAGAAAAUGAGACACAACAGCACUUAUGGUUGUGUAGCAAUAGUCAAAAAAUAA